CAUCUAUUUUUGAAAGCCUUAUGCCUGCCUCACAAUUUUUCAAAGCCUUGCCGUGGUGUAAUAUUACAGCCGUUACGGUACCCAGAUUUCUCUCACAAUUAUUACACAUGUUAAAAAAACUGUUUCUUUUCUGAAGUUUCCAAAUUAUUCAAUCAAUCCUCCCACAAAUCUCAAACAAUCGGCUGUUUAAUUCAGAGAUUCAGUCUCUCUCUUUCAAUCUCAUACAAUCGGCGCAGUAAUUGAGAGAUUCAAGCUCUCUCUUUCAAUUUCGAUGGCACAAAUUAGGGAUGUGCUUCAUCCAUGGAAACUCUCUCUUUCAAUUUCAUGGUUUUGGCUUUUCGAUGGCACAAUCGGCUGUGAGAUUAGAGAGAUUCAGUCUCUCUCUUUCAAUCUCAAACAAUGGGCACUGUAUUUGAGAGAUUCAGUCUCUCUCUCUCUUCAAUUUCGAUGGUCCAAAUUUGGGAGGUGCUUCAUCCAUGGCUGCACCCCACACUACAGAUACAUGAUUCAAGGCUAUUCCUCUACAAGUGGGCUUUAGAAAUUGCAAGGAAAGGGAAAAGUUGCAGGUCAUUCUUCGUCCUUGGAGCAACAACAGGUUGUGACUCCUAUUGCAGCCCUCAAUCAACAGAGGCUGGAUCCUCAUUGAUGUGGCAGAGGCUAGGAAAAACUUCGAAUAUUGCGGUUAUCAGAAAAUUGAAGCAUUAUGUGAUCAUACUUUUAUCUUGGGAAAGAAAAAGAUGAAUGUCGUUUAAUUAUUAGUUCAUGGGCAAUUUGCCGGUGGAAAUCUUCUUAGGAGUGCUUUCAUGGAGUUAGAUUGUAAAUGGACGACUUGGAUUUAUAUUCAUAGCUGAUGCAAUUGGAUCUAAACUAGGUUUAUCUUAGGUGUAUGUGGCCCUCAAUGAGGAUUUAUCUUCUGUCCAUGUCACGUGGUUAAAUAUGAUUUCUAGCAAUCAAUAUAUCUUGUAUUCACAAAAAAUUAUAUUUUCUGAUUAGACACUCUCUUUAGUUUUAAUUUUUCAGAUGGUGAUAGCUCAACUUACGAUUUAUUGUGCCUGCCUUUAGAGAAGUGUACAACUUUGUUUUGUGUUACUUUUUAUAAAAUGAACUCUAUGCAGAUGUUAAGAGUCAUGUACCUGAUUUGCUUAUUAUACUGCCUCAGAUCUGUUUCUUUGGAUAGUUACACUUGCAGUUUUUUAUCUUUCAGUUGCUUUUGUCCACAAGAAUUUUAUAUCCUGUACUAUGUGUUAUAUUUAAAUGCUUGAUACUUGUCAGUUGGUGCCUAAACUUGUCAAAUUAUCGCUUAGGAAUAUUUAUUUAUGUUAAAAGGCACAUGAAGGUGCUUUCUGAUUGUGCUAUGCUUCAUUGAGUUUUUCCUGGCAAUACAUGGAAAGCUUCCACUGCAGCCACUUUAUCAAUUGUAUGCUCUGGCCAACUGGUAUUCUCGUGAUACCCUUAUAUUGUGCUCUUACACAAUGGUUGACUAAUGCUCCCACUGCAGACUCACUUCAGUCAUUUUGUACAAAUCAAGUGUAUGUUGUCCAUUAAUUUGAAGCACUUCUCAAUCUUGUUUAUCUGUAUUAUUUAACAUUGAUCAUAUAUAGUAGAGAAUGAUAUAUGUUUGUAAUC